AUAAUAAACUAAGAGUGUUAAGAAAUCUUUCGCAGAAGUGCCUCCCAUCUUCCUCUUCGAACAACUUCACCGUUUCUGAAACCAAAACGCGAUUCCAGUUCAAAUCAAAAUCGCACUUUUCAGUUCCUCUUCGCAACUCUCAUGACGCAUUCGCGUUUGGCGCAGGAAUGAACGCUUUCGCAUUCUCGAAUACCCUCGAACAGUGUUGGUAACCACAAUUCAAAGCCAUAUAGGGUUUCGGUGCACUUGAAAACACCGUUGUCCAUGGAUGGUGGCGAUGACCCUUCAGCAUUGGCAUGGCUCUGGGUCAUUGAAACCCUAGCAGCCCGUAAAGAAAUCUCGAAUCCCACUUUGCUGAGUUUGAUUGAUGCAGCACCUGUGGGGAAGGAUAAAUUUGGUGAAAAUGUAAAAGAAAUGGUUUCUUUGAGGUGCUUGGAGAAACUGUCCACUAUUAUGUUUGACGGUGUAGCUUCUUCAUCAUCGGAUUCCAGAGCUGGAUUUGAUUUUUCGCGGAGUUGUCAAGAUGUCCUCCAGGAAAUAUUGGAUGAGAUCCCAUUAUCAAAUCUGAAAAUGAAUGGAGAGAAGCUUUUGAAAUCAGAUCUUUACCCGUUUAUAAAUCACAAAAGAGCUGUCACUUCUACAUGCCACUUAGAGCAGCUGAGACAAACAAUCUUGGAAGGUACUCAUCCUCAUACUGAUUACUUGAAAGAAAGGAGUGGAUUAUUUCCUCAGAAUAACAGUUAUUCGGUGAUUGUAAAUGAUGUCAAUCGUGACGAUCAUUCUGCUAAGGAAGCUGGGAACUCCGCCAAUACAGAAAACGUGCUAGGAAAAGAUAACUCAGUGUCCUUGACUUUAGAGAAUGGGAAUAAAUCUUCAAGAGAACACUUGCUUGAUAAUAAUUCUUCUCCCUCUAAGAGGAGUAGGGUUUACUCAGUUGAUGAUUAUCUUACAAAACACUUUCAUGGAAAGCAAGUCUGUGUGAAGGAAUGUGGUGAUUUCUUUAGAACAUCAAAGAGGGUUAAACUUUCUGCAUCUACAAGUUUUGAGCCUAGGAAAGAGAAGCCAGAUUCUCAACACAGACAGGAAGUGUUGGAACAUUUAACUGAAAGAAUGCUUCUAGUUUCUGAACAAGGAGAUCAUCAUGUAGAAAAUAAUAACAAGGAAACUGUGGGUGGUGGGUUCUCAGAGGAUAUUCCCUAUAGAUGCAUUGUUUCAAAAUUGUGCCAACCCAGCAGACAUAUUGAAGUCCCCCCUGAUGAAUCAAAUAUUCCUUUUAAUGAUGCUUUGAUGCUUCAACAUACAUUUGGUGGUGAAAAUUCUCAACAACAGCUGGUUAAGUCAAUUCCACAAGAAGCACUUGCAGAUGGAAUCCAACAUGGGAUUUCAGGAGGAAAACCCAAGUCUAAACAUGAAAAAGAUUUACAACUUGAAGAUCCAAAUGACUCACCGCAUCAAAUUGCUGGUGUUAAAGCACUUGAUCAUACUGGGAAUGGUUGUAGGGUAGAGGAAUCAGGUGAUAUUGGAUAUCAAAGUGAAACAAAUAGCCUUAAAAUGAAGAAGCAGACAGUACAAAAUCUUUGUUUAAAGUGUAAUGAAGGUGACCAAUUACCAAUUAGUGAUGUAAAUGUCGUCCAACCAGUGGUUACUGAAUGUUGUCUUGGUAUGGAAACUACCAUGCCAACAAAUGAUGCUAAUGCAGAAAAAAAUCAUCAAACAAUUAAUCUACACCAACCCAAACAGACAGAACCAGAUAUCGCAGCGUUAAAUCUCUCCCAAGAGUCAGUUGCUUGUGAUGAAACUAUAGUUGGUGUGGUUAAUGGUUGUGGAGCAGAGGUGGUUACUGAAUGCUGUCUUGGUAUGGCAACUACCAUGCCAACAAAUGAUGCUAAUGCAGAAAAAAAUCAGCAAACAAUUAAUCUACACCAACCCAAACAGACAGAACCAGAUAUUGAAGCGUUAAAUCUCUCCCAAGAGCCAGUUGCUCGUGAUGAAACUAUAGUUGGUGUGGUUAAUGGUUGUGGAGCAGAGUUAUCAAGUGAUAGUGAUGAGUAUCACAAAGAAAAAAAAUGUCUUGAAGCAAAAAAGCAUGAAUUCCUGCACUCCCACUGCACUGUUGAUCAAGAUUUCUCAGCAAUGAAUGAACCAAAUGAAAAAAAUCUUUGCAUGAAGUGUAAUCAAGGUGGCCAAUUAUUGGCUUGUAAAACAACUACUUGCCCAAUGAUGGUGCAUGAAAACUGUCUAGGGGCCUCUGCACAAUGCAAUACAGAGGGCGACUUUUUUUGCCCAUUUUGCACAUAUUCUCGCACUAUUUCAGAAUAUAUUGAAGCUAAGAAAGAAGCUUCCUUAGCAAGGAAGGAAUUAGCCAUCUUUAUUAGUAAAGGUAAAACGAGUCGAGCUGCCGAUAGUCUUCUUUAUGAAUUUCGUACACAAGAACAUGUUUUUUCAAGAAAGAGUAGUGAGUAUGAACAUAUUCAUGUCAAAAACAAAGGAGAUGAACAGUUAACAAGGUGUGGAGACAAUAGAGAAGAUAAUGUUGAUGAGCAUGCAAAUGAAGCCAAUAAUCUUCAGUUUGGAAGAAGUCAGCAACAAGCCCAUAAUAUAUCGUGUACCUAUUCGUCAUUCAGAGAAAAGGAAAAUAUAAGCAAUGGAUCAGUUGAAUUUUUAAGAGAAGAGAAAAUAGGUCAAAUGCCAAAUGCAAAGAACAUAACUGGUGUAAGAGGUGAAGAAAAUAAAUUGCCAACUGACCAUGUAGAUGGACUUGUUGGUGACACAUGUACUGUUGAAAAAGAAACCCUUGUUAAUAAAAGCAAUUCUGGAUAUGAAAGUCCACAAGAAACGGCAAAACAUCUAGAUACUGAUGGAGCAACAGAGUCAGUUUCUGAACAUAAUACUGGAAAAGAGGAAAUGUCUGAAAAUGAAUGUGAAAAGCAUAGUAUUUCUAGAUACUCCAUGAGAUACCGUAAACAUAAAAUGCAAUGCAAACCUGAGGCAAGCCCAGCAUUUCUCGAUAAUCAAUUAAGACGAAAAUAUAUUCCAUGGACAGCUGAAGAGGAAGAGAUGAUAAGGCAUUCCUCGAGCAUGUAUUUCUUUUGCUUCCACAACAAUUCUUUGAGUAAGAACAAUCUUAUACUAUGAUAGAAAGUUAAAGGAUGUAGACCUCCUAUGUGUUUCUUUCACCUUGAAU